GAACCACGCCCUCUACCACCACAGUUUAAUGGGGGACCUCUCCUGGCCCCGCCUGGGCCCCUGCCUCCCCUCUCCAUCUCUCCCCCCUCUGUGUGUCCCAUGCUGACCGCCCCCACCCUCACCCCUCCUCCUCUGCUCCCCCAAUCCUCUGACUCUCCCCUGGCUUUCGGCACCACCAACCCAGACCAGAGUGGUGGUCCAGUGGCCCCUGUGGCUCCCGGGGCCCCAGCCGGCCCAGAGACAGAGGAGGACAAAGCCAAGAAGCUCCUCUACUGCUCACUCUGCAAAGUAGCCGUCAACUCCCUCUCACAGCUUGAGGCUCACAACAAAGGUACAUCAAUUUACGUAUGGACAGUGACCAUCUUCAGGUUACUAAUCUCGGAGAGGACACUUCCCAGUCCUCUGAAUAGUCAGUACUUAAUGGAGAAUUCCUUGCCAACAGACCUGGGCUAAUAUAGUGUUUGUUUUCGUUCAAAUACUUUGAGAGUUUGAGAUUUAGCCUGUGUAGAGUGCCAGAUGAAAAACUCAGAUCGGCUCUCCUCUACCGAUAAACCUGGCCUGCAUCACCCUCAUCAACACCACCAUUUUGAUUUAAAGUUCAAACACAAAUGAGGGUGCUUCUAUAACAAAAGUAUCCCCAAUGGUUUUACUGUAGUGUCUGGGUAGUGUAUUUCUCCUCUCUUCCUUCCUGUUUCUACACGUCCUCUAUCUCCCAGCCAGUCCAGUUACAGUACAAACACGCCUUGAUAAUAAUUAUAUAAAGUUAUUGAGUCUCCCACUCAAACGUUCAUGAUUUAUCUUGUGAUAGUGUAAGUAGAUGCAGCAGAAAGCUGGUAUCUGUUGCUCCAGGCAUUCAGCCUGAAUAGGAAGUGGAGAAAGUCCCGUUAAUGCUGGUAGAGGAGGCCCUCUUAAUGCUUCACCACUGGAGGAGUUUCUUUAAGCCUGUAAAACCACAAAGCUGUUAUGAGGCCAGACCUGGGUUCAAAUAGUAUUUGUUUUUGUCAACUCCAUUUGGCCUCAACCUUCCACUCAGUCUCAGUGGCUUUGUUUUUAAUUGGGGAAGCUGUUAACUUAACCUCACUCCCUCUGUGUUCUGAUUCAUGUCACACACACACCAGUCCCUACACAUCACCAUUACCACGCCACAGCAGUAAGACAGUGUUGUUGUUAGGAGAAUGGGAAUAGCCUUGGACUACCAGCCAGCCAGACAUGAUAAUACACAUCAAUGAAAAGCUUAAUGUAGAUUAUGUGUCCACCAAUGGAAAAAGAAUCACUGACAUCAUUAGAGUAACCUCUGGAAAGCUUUUUGUAAUAGAUGUUUGAUUGAGCCCUAGGGGCAGGAGAUUAAGGGAUAAAAUAAGAUUGUUAGUUGAUUGUGUAAACUCCGUCUCUUCUCUUCUUACAGUAUACAUGUGCACAAAAGCACUAAUUAAAUAUGUAUAUGCAAACUCCCACAAAGAUAAUUUACGCCACACAGACAGAUAUAAAACAAACAGAGAUAAACAAAGACACUCAGACGUGUGUGAUAUCGACAGUGCCUGCAGUUCAAUCUGGGCAGAGUAACAGCCCAAAUUAACUCACAAUCUGGAAGCAAUAUCUCUCUUUCCCUAAAUAAUACUCUGAAACAUUACAGAGUCAAAAAUGAAAGCACAUGUUACACAGACAGAGAGACAGACAGAGAGACAGACAGUGUGACUAGCAGUGCUAUGAACAUUACAUAAAGAAAGGGAGCGAUCAAGGUUAUGGAUGGGUGUGUAUUCAACCGUAAUCAUAAGUUUAUACAACGGUUUCCUUUCUGUGUUUUGUCUAUUUUCAUGUUUAGAAACUUCUCCUGUCUGUUUGUGUAGUGUUUUAGUUAAUUGUAAAUGUAAGUCAAGCUCGACUCGCAGAGCACAAGUGAAAAACACCCUGAAGGGGUUCAUCCAUUGUCGGCCCAGAAUAGAACAAAGGCAGCAACAAAAGUGCACAUUUUUGGCCACAAGUUAAAUCAGUCAUUCCAGACCUCCCUCCUCCUCCUUCUUCCUCCCCCUCCUCCCCCCUCCUCCCCCACUCCCCAUGUUCUCCUGCUGUAACCUCUAACUCACUUCUCAAAGCUCAAGGAUUUGAUAGAACAAGUCAAAGAUUGCGCCCCAAAUGGCACCCUUUCCCCUAUAUGGUGCUCUACUUUUGACCAGGGCCCAUAGGGAAUAGGGUGCCAUUUGGGACGCAUGUAAACCUCUCAGUCAGACAGAGUGCAACCAGACUGCUUGGGGGUUUGGGACUGGGGGAGGAGCGGGGAGGACGCCGGGGGAGGAAGGAGUGGAGGCAGGGGCGGCAGAGGGUAGGACAUGACUGGAAUUUUUCAGCCAAGAACAAAACAUGCAAUUAAUUAUAGGAACUAUUUUGGCAUAAAGUCAUCAGUGCUGUCUGUCUGUGUAAUCCAAACCAUUCAAAAAAUGUGAACACUCGUAUUUCUGCUCAUGAGAGGCAGCUCACAGAACAUACUGCACUAUGCUCUUCCAUUCUUUCAUGACCAAAACCAGUUGACCUGGCUACGGACGAGUUGACUUCAAUUUAUAGAUGUUGUUCCAGACAGUUGACCCCUGUAAGACAUUAUUACUACCAUCCAUAUGACCUCUCAGUAAAGCUAACACUAACCCAGAACAUUGAAUUAGCUACCGUAAGAGAACAGAGAGAUCUACAGAUGUGUUUCAGUUCGGUGCCAAUGUCAACGCUAACAAUGCAGAGAUCCUGAAAAACACAAUGUUAUGUUGCUUCCAUAACUAACACUAAUGUAAGACGAUAGCAUUACCUUAUCACUGUGGCCCUCUAGUGGUGAAUAUAUCACACUACACCUCCCUCUCCCAGUCCCAUUCCACUAACCGUACGUGCUGCGAUAGACAUGAUGAUGAUACAUUCCAGAGAGUCCAUUAGGCUAGCUCUCUCAUAUCCUGAUAUUUGUCACUGUCAUAUUCUCCUUCACCACAUGCUGUUCUGUGGUAUGAGGGAAAGGAUUCCAGAUAUACUUAGGUGAUGAGCUCUGGCAAUUGAGAUGGGGUUAGCAUGAGCCAUAUAACAGUUCAGCAUAGUGUACAUGUUAGUGUUGGGGGGAUGUCAUCCUGGACUAAAGACUGAUGGUUUGUGUGUGUGUGAAUGAUUGAAUGCAUUUUUAUUUUUGUGUCUUGACCAAUCCCUUACGGGAUCGUUAGACACCAUUUUCUUUAAGUAAAUUAAAGAAAACUUGUGUGUGUGUGUGUAGGUACCAAACACAAAACUAUCCUGGAGGCUCGCAGUGGGCUGGGUCCCAUUAAGGCGUACCCUCGGCUGGGCCCCAAACUCCCGGGGGAGCUGGGAGGGGGGCCGCUGGACCCCAACACUCAGGAACGCACCUUCCACUGUGAGAUCUGCAACGUGCGGGUCAACUCCGAACUGCAGCUCAAACAGGUGAGAGAGAUGGAAAGAAAGGGGGACAUCAUACUGUAUCUUUUAUUUUCAGAUGCACAUCUUCCCUUUAUUUUCUCUUAAUCUCUUAACUAGAAACUACUGGUUUUGUUAACCUAUUAUUUUUACCCUAUAUAUUGCAGUUAGGCUCCCUAGUCCGGAGCCAGUUCAAAUUUGCUAACCCCUUCCUUGUAAGCUCCACCAUUACCCUGAUUAUACCUAUUCAGACCCUUCAGAUCUGCAUAUGUUGAAGGGUUAGGGCCUAGGGGAAGGGGUAGGGGUAGGGGUAGGGAGUAGAUUGGGACCGGCUGUUAGAGAACUCCAAAGGUCAGAGUUCAACUCUACCUGUCUGUCUGGCUGCUGUCAAACACUGCUCCCUGUAUGUCUGUCUCUCUCUCUCUCCUAAUCUCUCUCUCAUCCUAAUCCCUCUCGAUCUCUCGCUCGAUCUCAUACAUCGAUAGUAUCCCUCUCUCUAGCUACUCUCUCUCGAUCUCUCUUCUCUCUCUCUUCUCUCUCUCUCUCUCUCUCUCUCUCUCUCUCUCUCUCUCUCUAUCUCUCCUCUCUCUCUCUCUCUCUCUCUCUCUCUCUCUCUUGCUCUCCCUGCAGCACAUAUCUAGUCGAAGGCACCGGGACGGAGUGGCAGGGAAACCCAAUCCACUCCUCAGCCGACACAAGAAGCACAGGGGAGCUGACCUCACGGUAACUUUUCACCUCUACGACCACUAUCGUGCGAGGGAUAGAUCAGAUUAACAAUUAGCGAGUUUAAGUGGAUCAGCCUGAGCAAGGCUGGGUAGUAAUUUGGGAUGCAAGGGGAAUUGGUAGAUCAGUGAUUCUGUGUAGUUCAAACUGCAAUGUUGUCUAUCUCAAACACGCUCAAAGUUAAUUAACGAGAGGAGGUUUGGCUGUCUUCUGAGUAGUCAGUACUUAAUGGUAAAGUAGAUUCAGAGGAGGCUGGUGGGAGGAGUUAUAGGAGGACGGGCUUAUUGUAAUGGCUGGAAUGGAAUCAAUGGAAUGGUACCAAACAAAUAAACACAUGGAAACAACCCUACAUGGAGCCCAUCCUCCUACAGCUCCUCCCACGAGCCUCCUCUGAGUAAAUUCCUUACCAAAGUGCUGAAGCUCCAUUUUGUAGCUUGCUGGAAAGUUUGAUUAGAAACCUCUAUGUUAUGAGAUCAAAGAGGUCCAAACUGAAAUGGUAUUUCUAUAUUGUUCCCCUGAAUCCCUUUACAUGUGUUCACCUUCUGCCACUAAACUUUCAUCCGUCUCGCCCUCCCUCUCUUUCUCCCUCACUCUCUGCCUCUCUCUCCCCUCAGUCCUCUCUGACCUUCUCUAAGGAUCUCUCCAAAUGUUUGGGGGCUGGGCUCUUGCCCAGUCCCCUGGCGGUUGCUGCGGCGAUGGCCGCCGCCGCUUCCUCGAACCACCAAUUGGCUCAGCUUCGUGCCGCAGCGUCUUCCGUCCACCACCACCCGCAUCACCACCACCACCACCUAUUACAGGGCCCACCUCUCAGCCACGCCAUCCUAAGACCCGCCCCCGGUCCCAUGCGCACCUCCCACGGGCCAAUCCUCUUCUCUCCUUACUGA